AUGGCUCCUGUCAUUAGACUCCAGCAAUGCUGCCAGCAGCUUUCAGAUGGUGCCUGUCUUUACCAACGAGCUGGCAUGCCCAUGCUGACUGAGCUGACUGACCAGAACCAGAUCUCUACUUCGACAUUUUCCUAUCCAGGUGUUCUCCACUGGGAUCUCAGAGAAAGCAACAUCAGAAGAGAAGCUCCAUUCCUGGACACCCGUGUAACUAUCACUGACCAGAAUACAACACCCUCAUCUUGGUCUAUGACAGCCAAGUGUGAUAAUAUUUUCCAUAUCAAUGCUUUACCACCAUCCUAUCCAACACUAUCUGCCUGCCUUGCACAGGCAACACCAUCAAAUCUACCAGAUCAACUAUAUAUCCUGGCACCUUGCUACCUGGAUGCAAGUCAGAUAUAUUAUUAUGACCAGAACAGCCUGGGGCCUCCGAUGGCUGAAGAAUUAUGGCAGUGCCAGCAGGCCUAUGGCUCUGUGUCUUGCUCUGAGAAUCAGGCUUCCUCUCUGCACCCAGAGAUGAUGAUGGCACGACAGGAGAUUCAGCCAAUGAACAUCCAAACACCUUUCUCCACUCUCCCAUCUACUGGCCCACAUCUGCUCAAACCAUGCCAGACACCAGUCCUCAAGAAAUCAACACGUCUGGAUACCUAUGAGGACACAGAAUGUAACCAAGACACAUCACCCCUCCCUUCAGCAUACCCUGGCAUGCAGCAGCCCUUGAAGUACAGUGAUGUUGGGAGCCUGAGACAGAAGAUAGCUUUUCAAAAUGCCACUUUGGGAAACAGUGGCCUUGGUCUGGAAGAGCCCGAGGCUCUGCACAGUGUCAUGGAGUCUAGAAAUAACUUUGCAGACAUGACUACUCUGGUGGCAGAUAAUCACCUUCCCCAACUCUUAAACUUUAACACUGGCCUUGACCAAAUGGAAGGUCACACAGCAAGCCAAACCAAAGACUCCAAAGACAUCAGGAGGGAUCAGGCCCAGUCAUGCACCAGAAUCUUUAAUGGACUAUCUGAAGUAGGCAUCAAGAAAAACCAGAAAGUCUCUGAUGUGUUUCAUGGAGCUCUUCAGGCCAGAACCCAUCACAAGGAUAUGCUAAAGGAAGAUGAUCCUGGAACCAUAGACAACAUGGCCAACCACGUGCAGAACAAAUCUCAUGUAUUUGUACCCAAGAGGCCCAGCGUAGCAAUGGCACAGGGGAAAGAAAAGGCCAAGGACACCAGAGAAAACAGCUCCAAGAAAACAGAGGAGCUGGAGCCAUCAAGUCACAGAGUCAACGCAGAAGAGAAGCCAGCCAUCCCCAAGACCAAGAGGAAGAGGAAUCCACCUGAGCUCAGCCAUGACAGCUUUAAGAAGCCUCGAACUCACCUCGGUAUGCACGUGCUGGCAUCUGUGCAGGUCUUUCACACACUGGGGAAGAAGAGUGAGUGGAAAACUGGCGUCUCCUCCUCCCGGGCUCUGCUGAACUUCAGCAGCAACAAAGAUCCCAGGACAGGCCCAACCACCACAUCCCUGGGAGAUGCGCCCCGUGAGGGUCGAGGCCCUGGUAGAAUCCCGGGCAAUGCUCAGAGACCAGAGAGCAGUGCUCCCAAGCGGUGUCCAUCUCUGUCCCUGGAUGAGCUGUCCCCACCUGGGAAGGUCAAAUUAGCACCUCUGCCUUUCCUAGCCCAGGACAAGCCUCAAGACAAACCUGUUUCCAGAAAGCUUCACUGCCUGGCUUCGCACAGGCCCACUGCAGCUUACCCAGUGAGGUCUCAAUCCCAUACUACUAGGCAACCCAAACUCAAGUCAUCCCAACCAGCUCCUGCCAGCACAUCACUGACUGGCAGUUGA